AUGCUGGAGAAGGAAUUAAAACGUGCUGGUAAUGUUGAUGUGCAACUGUUAGGAAGCUCAGCUGAGGGAGUUUUCGGUGAUGAAGGCCCAAAAUUAACCGGGUUCGCUGCGUUUAAGGAUUCAUUCAGGAGGCAAGAACCAAGUGCCCUCGACAUUGAUCCGAACUUGUCUGACGCCGAAAAAAUCGCCAUCAUGACCGCGAACUCCCCUCUCUCUCGCUCCUUGAAAAGCAGACACUUGCAAAUGAUCUCCAUCGGCGGGACCAUCGGCACUGGUUUGUUUGUGGGGUCCGGGUCGGCCUUGCGUACCGGUGGACCGGGGGGUGUACUCAUUGCCUGGUUGAUUGUGGGAGGGAUGAUCUAUGCCAUGAUCCAGGCCGUGGGUGAGUUGGCUGUCACUUUCCCCGUAUCCGGUGCCUAUUGCACUUACUCGAUUCGGUUUAUUGACGAAUCAUGGGGAUUUGCAGUGGCGUGGAAUUACCUUUUUGGCUAUUUUAACGGUUUGGCCUUGGAGUUGAUUGCUGCUUCCAUCACCAUUAAGUACUGGAACUCCGAAAUUAACACUGUUGGAUUUAUUGCGAUUUUCUACGUGCUCAUCGUUUCUAUCAACUUCUUUGGUGUCAGGGGGUACGGCGAAGCAGAAUUCGUCUUCUCCUUGAUUAAGGUGAUGACCAUUAUUGGAUUUAUCAUUUUGGGCAUUGUCUUGAUUUGUGGUGGGGGCCCAAUCGGUGGUUAUAUCGGUGCAAAGUACUGGUACCACCCAGGUGCCUUUGCUAAUGGGUUCAAGGGUGUCUGCAGUGUCUUUGUGACGGCGGGGUUUUCCUUUGGGCUGACUGAAAUGGCCGGCUUGGCUGCAGCCGAGACCGCAAACCCAAGACAAGCAAUCCCUAAAGCGAUUAAACAAGUGUUUUGGAGAAUCGUCUUGUUCUACAUUAUCAGUUUGACGUUGAUUGGUUGUCUUAUCCCAUACACCGACAAGCAUUUGUUCGCCUCCUCUUCGGUUGAUGCCUCCGCCUCUCCGUUUGUAAUUGCGAUUGUUAAUGGUGGAAUCAAAGGUCUCCCUUCCGUCAUGAAUGUGGUUAUUAUUGUGGCAGUUUUGUCUGUUGGUAAUACCUGUGUCUUUGCCUCCUCCAGGGUUUUGGCAGCCUUGUCUGCCGCUGGUUUAGCGCCAAAGAUUUUCCUGUACAUCGAUAAAAGGGGUAGACCGAUAGCAGGGAUUAUUCUUCAGUCCAUCGUAGGGUUGUUAUGCUUCCUUGCUGCCUCGCCCAAACAAGGUGAGGUUUUCACCUGGUUGAUGGCAAUUGGGGGUAUUUCGGGUUUCGUCAACUGGGGCUCUAUCUGCCUUGGUCAUAUUAGAUUCCGGUAUGCCUUGAAGAAGAAAGGCCGGGAUACCUCCGAAUUGGCCUACGUGUCCCAGUGUGGCGUCUGGGGCUCGUAUUACGGCCUCUUGAUCUGCGUUUUGAUUUUGGCAGCUCAGUUCUGGAUUGCCUUGUUUCCAUUAGGAAAGAAGCCGAAUGCUUCUGGUUUCUUUGCGGCCUACUUGGCCAUGCCGGUCAUUUUAGGGUUCUACGUCGCCCAUAAAAUAUGGAGCAAGAAUUGGAAAUUGUAUAUUAGAUGGGAGGAUAUGGAUAUCGAUACCGGGAGAAGGGAUUUGGAUUUGGAUCUCUUGAAACAGGAGUUGGCUAGUGAAAAAGCAGCCCUCGCCGCGAAGCCUUGGUAUUACAGGGUUUACCGGUUUUGGUGUUGA